AUGUCUAGUUUCUAUGUUCUUCACUUCUUCCCGUUUCCUGGUUCUUGGCGAAGAAAAGAAAAGACUGAUGUAGAAUGGCAUGAUGAUGAUGCUCGCCAAUUGUUUGAUAGUAUGCUUAACAGAGAUCUUGUCACAUGGACAGUGAUGAUUGGUGGAUUUGCUGAGUGCAGAAAUCCGAGUGAGUCUUUGGUUAUGUUUGAUAGGAUGAUAGAUGAAAGUCGUGUGUUUCCAGAUAAAAUUACUAUGGUGACUGUUGUUAAUGCUUGUGCAAAGUUUGGGGCUAUGCAUAAGGCUAGACUUAUUCAUGAUUAUAUCUGUAGGUAUAAAUUUUACUUGGAUGUGGUCUUGGGGACGGCGAUGAUUGAUAUGUAUGCAAAGUGUGGGUGUGUUGAUUCCGCAAGGAAAAUUUUUGAUCGGAUGCAAGUGAGGAAUGUUAGAACAUGGAGUGCCAUGAUUGCAGCUUAUGGUUAUCAUGGCCGCGGCAGGGAAGCACUUGAGUUAUUUGAAAUGAUGUCGAGCAGUGGAGUGUUACCGAAUGCAGUAACGUUUGUUUCAUUAUUAAAUGCCUGUAGUCAUUCCGGCUUGACUGAAGAGGGUCUGCGUUUUUUUCUAAUGUGGGAUGAAUACGGUGUCAGAGAAGAUGUUAAACAUUAUACUUGUAUGGUGGAUCUUCUAGGUCGUGCUGGGAAACUUGAUGAGGCCUUGAAAUUGGCUGAGAGUAUGGAAGUUGAGAAAGAUGAGGGGUUAUGGAGUGGUUUGCUUGGGGCAUGUAGAAUUCACGGGAAUCUAGACCUAGCAGUAAAGCCAGCUAGUUCACUUCUUGAUGUACAGCCUGAUAACCCAGGGCAUUACAUAUUGCUUUCAAAUAUAUAUGCAAGAGCAGGGAGGUCGAAAGAAGUGGCAUUGAUGAGAAAUCUUAUGACCCAGAGGAGACUAAAAAUACCUGGUUAUACUUGGAUUGAGAUUGAUGACAGUAGUUACCAAUUUGGUGUUGGAGAUAGGAGUCAUCCACAAUCAGAUAACAUUUAUGCCAUGCUGAAAAGUUUGAGUCACAAAUUGGUGUUGGCUGGUUAUGUCCCCGAUACAAAUUUUGUGUUGCAUGAUGUUGAUGAGGAAGUUAAAGUGGAUAUGUUGUACACCCAUAGUGAAAAGUUGUCAAUUGCAUUUGGUCUUAUCACCACUUCCAAUGGAACUCCUAUCAGAAUUAGAAAGAAUCUUAGGGUUUGUGGUGACUGUCACACAUUUAGCAAGUUUGUAUCUGCUAUUACACAAAGGGAGAUCAUUGUCCGUGACUCAAACAGGUAUCACCACUUCAGGGAAGGAGCUUGUUCAUGCGGAGAUUAUUGGUAAUUGAAGCUUGUUAUCGUAAGAUCAAAACAAAGGUACGGAUGGGCAGGAACAGGAUUCUUGGAGGUUGUCAAGGCUCAAUUAACCACCCUUCAUACUUUCCGUGAGAGGAUCACUCUGAAUCUACACCGAGUGAAAGCACAUGACAUGGACAUAUGGAUUAUGAAACCUGUGGCUCUACACCACAAAAGGCGGAACUAGAAGUUCCAACUUACAACUGAGGAAUUGAGUCACUCUGAAGCAAAUGUCAAUUGAAGCGCCUGUUGAGGAAUUUCGGGAUAACAAUUCGUUUGAAUCAUUUGGUGUGAAGGAACUGCAAGCGUGUAUCAUACCGCACUCACCACUUACACAACUAAACUAAUGCUGGUGUGCUGUGAUACUAAAACCUUUUAUUGCCUCAAUACAAGGAUGAAGUAGAAUGUCUUGCCCUUGGCUUAGCCUUUGUGCACUCACU